AUGGGUAUAGACGGACUUUGGGAGAUGAUUGAAGGUGCUGCAAAAGAAGAGUCACUUCUAGCACUUGCUCUACGUGAGGGAAUAGGCAAGGCGAAUCGUCGAAUGCCCUACCGUCUUGGUGUUGAUGCGAGUAUAUGGUUCAGGCAGUGCCAGUCGGUCUUCAAGUUUGCUCAUGCACAAGCCGGGGAGAACCCCGAACUACGGACACUGUUUUAUCGACUCUGCCGUCUGUUCGAAUUGCCGGUGGACGUUGUCUUUAUCUUCGAUGGCCCAAGCCGCCCUAGCCGGAAGCGUGGUACGGUGGUGAAGACAGCAGACCAUUGGAUCACGAGCAGCUUCAAGAAUCUCAUUGAAGCGUUUGGGUUUAGCUGGCAGAUGGCCCCCGGUGAGGCGGAAGCUGAGCUUGCAUUUCUCAACCGCACUGGCUACAUCGACGCUGUUGUAACGGAUGAUAGCGAUGUAUUUGUAUUUGGAAGUUUGCAGGCUGUUAAUCAAUUCACUCACAGUACCGACAGCUCAAGUAUCAAGCCGAACAAAGACACAGUGAAGGUGUUCUCUCGCCGUUCGAUUGAGAGUCAACCCACUGUGCGAAUGACCCGAGGUGCAAUAUUCCUCGUCGCCGUGCUUAGUGGCGGUGAUUAUGACCAGGGUCUCACCGGCUGUGGUGCCAAGAUUGCGCAAGGGCUGUCACGCUAUGGACUUGGGGAAUCCCUCCUCGAGAUAGCAUCUGUGUCGAUGGGGCUAGACACACUUCAAGAACGCGAGACGGAUCUCUGCGCUUGGAGAGAGCAGCUUCGCAAUUGCCUGCGAGACGAUCCAGACGGACAUCUCGGCCGUCGCUAUCCCAGAUUGGCCGAGCGUAUUUGCGACACGUUCCCGGACAUCACGAUCAUGGAGUACUACAUUCACCCCUCGUGCUCUGUCAAGAACGAUGCCGGCCCGGCAACCAUGUCUCUAUCAACCACACGGCCAUGUGACGCCUUCGAUCCUGGUCGACUUGCUCAACUCUGCGAGCAAUUCUUCACAUGGGGCACUCCAAAUGGCAUAGAGACCAAGUUCCGAAAUGUAGUCUGGAAGGGUGCUAUCGUCCGUAUGCUC